GUGCAAAUGUGCGCCUGUACGUUGCCUACCUACACAUCUUUGGCGUCAUCGAAAGUCCAGGAUUGCCCGAGGUCGGCAAAUUGACACGACUUACCUGCUUCCUGAGUCCAUCCGUACAUCAGCAACUCGGUACCCAACUAAUCCGCCAGCCUUACCCCGUUGUCGGCAAAGAGUUGCGACUUCCGAUUCCCGGCAGGGGCGGGCCUUCGCCGUUGCGCCGUUGCAACCCUCGCUGGAAGGGCCCCUCUCAAUUGAAGCGACGCCCUGUUCCGGCCCGCCGAAGCAUCAUUCCAUCCAUCGCCCACUUCCCGUCUCUCCAGUCCUCCGGGUCACCCUUCAACGAUCUACUAUUCUCGCCCCGCCUGUUUCAGCGGGUGUGCCGCACCAGUUCGUCGUUGCCGGCAUUAAUGGAAGCAUAACGUGGGAGGUGUCCACAUCCCACCGACGAGCAAGCGCCCUCUUCGCCUCCCUUGGUCUCGUCCACCGCCGUCCCCCGCCCUACCGACCGACUUUGCAGUUACCGCUUCCAGCUUGCCGGCGCGCAAGCUGAUGGUCGUCAUCAUGGGGGCGUGCAUGAGCACAAGUGGGGAGGACUCGGAGCUGCGGAAAAGGAGCAAUAAGAUUGACAAGGAGCUUGAGGAGGACUCGAAAAGGCUGCGGAAGGAAUGCAAGAUUCUGCUGCUCGGUUCCGGGGAGAGUGGGAAGUCGACGAUCGUGAAGCAGAUGAAGAUCAUCCACCUCAAGGGCUAUUCUCCUGAAGAACUGGCCAGCUACCGUCCGACAGUGUACAAGAACCUCCUGGAAUGCGCCAAGGCGCUAUGCGGUGCCAUGCGCCAGUUCGAGAUCGAGCCGGUGCUGGAGGAGAACAGGGCGUACUGUGACUUCCUGCUCGACUACUCGCUCGACGCGAAUCCGCAGGCUCGGAUCGAUCCCAGAGUUGGUGUGGCGGUACAGUCAGUAUGGAACGAUCCGGCGAAGGAGCAGCUCAUGGAGAGGCAGACCGAGUUUUACCUGAUGGACUCGGCCGAAUAUUUCUUCCAGGAGGCCGACAGGAUCGUGUCGCCAAACUAUCUCCCUGUCGAGAUGGAUGUGCUACGAGCUCGAACGAAGACGACCGGCAUCUAUGAGACGAGGUUUAAGAUGGGGCAGCUGAGCAUCCACAUGUUCGAUGUAGGCGGGCAAAGAAGCGAGCGGAAGAAGUGGAUCCACUGCUUCGAGAAUGUCACCUCAAUCAUAUUCUGCGUUGCCUUGAGCGAGUACGACCAGGUGCUGCUCGAAGAGAGCAGUCAGAACCGCAUGAUGGAGAGCUUGCUCUUGUUCGACUCGGUUGUGAACUCGAGGUGGUUCGUCAGGACGAGUAUCAUCCUCUUCCUCAACAAGGUCGACAUCUUCAAGCAGAAACUCGGCCGGUCCCCAUUGGGCAACUACUUCCCAGACUACUCGGGCGGGCCCGACGUCAACAAAGCGGCGAAGUACCUGCUGUGGAGGUUCAACCAGGUCAACCGAGCACACCUCAAUCUCUAUCCACAUUUGACCCAAGCGACCGAUACGUCAAACAUCCGGCUCGUCUUCGCCGCGGUGAAGGAGACGAUCCUGAACAACGCACUCAAAGAUUCGGGAAUCCUCUAAUCGCCCAGACCCAGUCAUCUCUCAUUCAAAACCAUAUACCCCCCUCGACCUUGAAUCGGUCACAUAGCGACUUCCUUUUUUCACCGUCCUGCUUAGAGCGGUUUUCGGGUCGGAUGACUUCUUGCAUGAUUCGGCGUUGGCGGCCGCGGCGGUUCUUUCUUUCCUUUUCGGCAGCGUUUCGGAACGCAACACCCUAACGUCCACUCCUUUCUCCCGCUCAGUCUGUCCCGGCGCAACACGUGGAUGCGGCCUGGGAGGAGACAUCUCUGCGAUAUACGAUUUCUCUUAAUCCGCGUUUGCUAGGUUU